UUAACGUAUUACGGCGGCCGGUGUCGUACAUUUUGCAGAAUCACCAUGGCGCUGAAAGAGACUGCUGGGCUAUAUGAUCAUCUAAAAGCAGAGUGGAAUAAGAAGAACCCCAGCCUGAGUAAAUGUGGAGAUCUUCUGACCAAACUCAAGGUUUCAUUACUGGAGCUGAACUUCUUACCUACCACUGGGUCUGCGCUCACCAAGCAGCAGCUCAUUUUAGCUCGUGAUGUCCUUGAAAUCGGAGCCUUGUGGAGCAUCCUCAAGAAGGACAUCCCAUCCUUCGAGAGAUACAUGGCCCAGCUCAAGUGUUACUACUUUGAUUACAAGGAGGAACUGCCCGAGGCUGCCUACAUGCACCAGUUACUGGGACUGAACCUGCUCUUCCUGCUCUCACAGAACCGUGUGUCUGAGUUUCACACAGAACUUGAGAGACUGAGCGCUCGAGACAUUCAGACCAACGUAUACAUCAGACACCCGGUGUCCCUAGAGCAGUACUUGAUGGAAGGAAGCUACAACAAGGUCUUUCUAGCCAAAGGCAAUAUCCCUGCAGAGAGCUACACUUUUUUUAUAGACAUUCUGCUCGACACAAUUCGUGAUGAGAUCGCAGGUUGCAUAGAGAAAGCAUACGAGCAGAUCCAGUUCAACGAAGCCACGCGUGUGCUUUUCUUCAGCUCCCCGAAAAAGAUGACAGACUAUGCCAAGAAGAGGGGAUGGAGUUUGAGCGCAGACGGCUACUACUCGUUCAGCAGCCAGCAGCAGCGGACAGAGGAGGUGACCAUCCCCUCCACAGAGCUGGCACAACAAGUCAUCGAAUACGCACGACAGCUGGAAAUGAUUGUGUAAUCCGCCCCCAGAAACACACUCAGAAACACAAGCCACUGAUCCAGUACACCCAGUCAAAUGCUCAAACGCAGUUUCCCUGAGGGAUAAGACUUCAUGGGGGGUUGAUUUGUUGCCCAUACUCCUUAAAACAUUAUUGUUGUUGUAUUUGAGUUAUCAGCAGCUCAUCCUGUCUUGAGGUUCUAUUUUAAAUAUGGGAUCACAGGUGUAUUGCUACAGAUCUUCCGUUACAUUAAAACAGAGCUUUUAUUGGGUUAUUUCAAACUGGUCACUUCUGGGACUCUAUUACAGAACAAAAAAUGUUCCCAUAAAUUUAAGCCAACUUUUUUUUGGUAUACAAAGUUUUUCCUUAGUAGAGCUCAAGGAUAUGUGUUGCCCUUGCCUUGUAUCCUAGCAACUAACAGAAUCACCAUUGCAGUUUGAGUGUUUUCUAAAUGGUAAAGCCCGUUCCUCCCUACAUGGUUUGUAAUCCAGUUGAUAUUACAAUGCAAAUCUUUCUCUGCAAUAAACGAUUCCGAAAAUAAA